AUGGAUUUCAAUCAAACAAAGUUUGAUCGUGAUUGUUCUCAAAUUGGUGAAUUUUCUCAAUCUAUUUUAACAAAAGAAUUUCGUUUUUCACCUACUAUAACAAUAAUAAUAUAUAUUACUUAUUUAUUACCAUUUUGUUUUGGUGUAUUUGGUAAUAUAAGUGUAUGUCUUAUAUUUUUCCAACAAAAAAAAUUACGUUCGAUUACAAACACAUUUUUAAUGAAUUUAUGUUUAAAUGAUUUAAUCGUCUUAUGUGUUUCAAUUCCAAUGACAUUAUCCAAUGCUUUACUUAAACAUUGGAUAUUUGGUUCAUUUCUUUGUAAAAUUGUUCAUUUUACUCCAACAGUAACAGCACUUGUAUCAACAUUUACUGUUGCUGUUAUAGCAGUUGAACGAUGGUUUUUUAUUGUUAAUAAACAAAAAUUUGAUCGUCGUUGUACAAUAAUAACAUUAAUUUUACUUUGGCUUGUAUCGAUAAUAAUAGCAUUACCAGAAUAUAUUUCAAGACAAUUGGAAGAAUUUGUUCCACAUGCAGUUUUACGACAAAUGAUGGGAAAUAAUACAUCAUUCAACCAUAAAAUGUAUAGUAAUAAUAAUACAAAUCUAUUCAUGAAUUAUGAUAUGAUUAAAUCUCCAUGUAAAAUGAAGAAAAUUUAUUAUUGUCUCGUUAAACCUGGUAUACGGAAUCGUAUAUUUUCUUAUAUUGUUAUUACUGUACAAUAUUUAGUACCAUUUUUAUUUGUAUCCAUAAGUUGUUAUUCUAUCAGUCGUUUUCUUAAACGACGUAUGAUUCGUAUGCGUUCAUAUCAAAAUCAAAAACGAUUUAUUCAAGAUACAUCAAAAUCUACGAAAAAAAAAUCAUUAGAUAUACCAGAUGAAACUGAACAAGAAGCAACAAGUUUAGAUGAUAUACCAUCAGCGGGGAUAACAAAUGAUAAUAAAUCAAAUUAUUUAUUACAUUGUUUUCGUCAAACAUUUCAACAACGUGAACAAUUAAAUUAUCAUCAAAAUUCAUUAAAUUUUGUCGAACAACAACAUAUGUUAAAAUAUCAAUCACAUACAAAACGACGUUUUCAUCGAAGUAGAAAAUUACUUAUAUAUGUUGCAGCACUUUUUACUAUCUCAUGGUUACCAUUAACAAUUGUACAAAUUUAUUCCGAACAUAAUGAAGAAACAUUAUAUAAACGUUAUGGACCCAAUUUUGUUUAUGGAUAUUUAUUAAUACCUUGUUAUUUAAUCUCAUCAUUAUCAGCAUGGAUUAAUCCAAUAAUUUAUAAUUAUAUUAAUCGAAGUUUUCGACGAGAAUUUUAUUCACUUUAUUCCUGUUGUUUUAAAGGAUCAUCAACAACAUCUCGAAAAGAAUCAACAUCAAUUAUAUUAAAAAGACAACAAACAGGACGAGCUCAUAAUGGUGAAGUUAAUACGACAUUAUCAACUCGUUUAACACUUAAACAAAAUACUCAUGGUGUAAAUUUUGCUGACCAAACAGUUGUCAUGAUGCAUAAACAAACUUAA